AUGCCGGCCACCGCCACGGUACAGCGCCGCCGCCGCAGCCCGAAGAAGUUUCCCUACAGGCCAAAGCCCCCGCCGGAGCCGCACCCUUUCCUCCUCCGCCUCAAGUCCCUUCCUUCGCCCGUGGCCGCCGCGGCCUCGCUCCUCUCCGCGCCGCGCCACCUCCACGACCACCCUUUCGCGGCGUGCGUGCUGUACCGCCUCGCGCGCGCGCGGCUCUUCCCGCUCAUCCCACCGCUCCUCACCGCGCUCCGCUCCCUCCGCGUCCCGCUGCAGCCCACGGCGUUCGCCGCCCUCAUCGACCACCUCGGCGCCGCCUCCCGGCCCGACGCCGCGCUCCUCGUCUUCCGCGCCGUCCCGGCCUUCUGCUCCCACUCCAACGCCACGUUCCACGCCCUCCUCCACUCCCUCGUCUGCAACUGCCGUGUGGACGCCGCGCGGGACAUGCUCCCGGAGGCCCCUAAGCUCGGCGUCCGGACCAACGCCGUGUCCUACAACAUCAUCCUCAAGGGCGUUUGUCACCGGGACGGGUUCUCGGGCGCACGCGUGGUGGUCGACGAAAUGCUCGCCCGCGGCGUUCGCCCCACGGUGGUGACGUUCAAUACGCUGGUGGGGUCGGCGUGCCGGGAAGGGGAACUGGCCGCGGCGGAGCGGCUCGUGGACGAGAUGGCGCGCCGGGGUGUGGCACCGAACGCCGUGACGUACGCCCUGUUAAUGCAGGGGCUCUGUGAUGCAGGGCGGUAUGACGACGCCAAGAAGCUCUUGUUCGACAUGGAGUACCGAGACUGCCAGCCCGACGUGACGAACUACGGCGUGUUGAUUAACGCACGCGCGGCGUGCGGGGAUGCCGGCGGCGUUAGGGGGCUGAUCUCCGACAUGCGCAAGCGGAAGCUGACGCCUGACGACGCGAGCUACAACGUCCUGAUCAGGUGCCUCUGCGACGCCGGCAGGGUCGACGAGGCACAUAGGGCGCUGGUCGAGAUGCAGCUCAAGGAUGGCACCGUGCCGAGCGCUGCCACCUACCGCGUCCUCCUCGACGGGUGCUGCGAAGCGCGCGACUUCGACCUGGGUCUGCGGGUUUUCAACGCGAUGCUGGCGAGCGGCCAUUGCCCUCUGGCUCCCACGUUCAGGCGCCUGGUGUGGGGGCUCGGCGAGGACGGCAAGGCCGAGGAGGCCUGCUUCGUCUUGGAGCAGAUGGGGCAGAGGGGGAUGCGGCUGGAUGCACAAGGGUGGCAGUCUGUUGCUGCAUGCGUUUGCAUCAGCAGCAGCAGCGCAAGUGAGAUGAAGCUCGUCGAUCAUCUGGUGUCAUCAUCUUGA